AUGCCGGUAUUCGUGAAAUUCACAUCCUUUGCGCGCUCCCAACUGUGUACAUACUUGCUGCGAUCCGAACGGACAAUCCCACGCACAGGAUCAGUUAUCAGUCUACCUUCUUUUACUCUGUUUAACGGUCACUCCAUUAUUAAGGAUGAUGGAUCAGGCCAUGCCUGGGACACCGAGGCCUACUCCCGAGCUGAAGUCGAGCGUGUGGCUCGCCUGGCGGGCUUUCUGGCCCGAGGCCGUGGCGAGACCAAGGUCUGGUCGCUGGACAAGGUCAUGACGGAGACGUUUUCCAAGGAGUUCCCUGACCUGACGGUUGAGCACCAGCUCAUCGACAGCGCUGCCAUAAUCAUGGUCAAGAACCCUCGCGGCCUCAACGGUGUGGCGAGUGUGAUUCCCGGCAGCAUUGGCUUGCUGCCAAGUGCCAGCUUGAGCAGCAUUCCUGAUGGAAAGGGCAAAUGCAACGGCAUUUACGAGCUAAUCCACGGCUCUGCCCCUGACAUCGCCAGCAAGGGCAUCGUCAACCCCAUCGGCACCAUCCUGUCCGUGGCAAUGAUGCUGAGAUACUCUCUCAACCUGCCCAAGGAGGCCAAGGCCGUCGAGGACGCCGUCAGAAACGUCAUUGACGGCGGCCUGAGGACAAAGGAUAUGGGUGGCAGCUUUGGCACCAAGGAGGCCGGCGAGAAGAUCGUCGAAGAGCUUGUCAAGGUCCUCAAGGCAUGA